CCCACGUUCAGUUCACUGCGAGCGCUUACAGCGUCUGGUGCGUUGCGACAGAAGAACGAGUGCCGAGCAAACCGAAAAAACCACCAACCAGUCCACCGAAUCAACAGACCGAACGAACACAACCAGCCAAAGGAUAUAAUCCUAGCGAACAGAGCGAACUCCUAUAUCCAUGCAGUGCAAAAGUUGUGCGUGCAAUGAGCCGUGAUUCGAAUGUGGCACGAUUUUAAUUAAAUCGCCAGUUAUUGAAAGAGUUAAAACAAAAUACAAAGUACAUCACGGUUGAAUUGAAUUCCGCUGAGCGGGAACCCACACACACGUCGUGCUGCACGGUUCAGCUUCUGAAUCAGGAUCGUGUCCGUAUCCGUGUUCGUUUUCGUGUUCGUAAUCGUAUUCAUAUUCAUAUUCGUAUUCGUAUUCAUAUUCAUAUUCAGUGCGCGCUAAAUUCCUGUCGGCUGCUCCCGCUGCACCGACUGCACUGACUGCUGUCCUUGUCGUAUUGUUUAUGGAUUUGUUGGUUUUUGGUUCCGCGAGCUCCCCCCUAACACGUAGCAGUGGCGUCAACAGCUCUCGCUUGAUGUUUAUGCAGCGUCCUUCGACAUUAAGCGCCAAUCGGACUCAGUGAGCCAAAGGUCCCGACCUCCCGCCAGCAAAGGGAGAGGAAAACAAUUUUAAGAUUAGUCCGGGGCUAAAGCACCAAAGCGCCCGCUCCGCCCCAGCACUCCACGAACCCACAAUGCGUCUACCGCGCACAUCCCCGGCACUCUGGCCGCUGCUCUGGCUGGCCUUGGCCACCGCCGGCAUUCCGGCCUAUCCAAACAGCCAGCCGCAGCAACCGCUGGUCACCUAUGUGACCACCUCGACGACGUCCAGCCAGCGGAGCCAGCCCAAGUCCGCCAACAUGCAGCCGGCCUUCGUCUACGAUUCACCUCCUCCUCAAGGGGAGGAGGGUCCGGGUCCAAAUCUCCCCCUGAGCACAGCCACAUCCACAGGGGUCGAGGAGACUGAGCCGUCAAAGAAAGUCAUCGGUUCCAGUGCCACCCCAUCGGUUUCAGUGGUUCUCGAUGGCAAUGAGCCGCAGUUCACGGACGCACUCGGCCACAAGGUCCCGAAGCCACAGCCGUCGUUGCAAGUGGCCAGCCCCAUCGUGCUGCUUAACCCAGACCGCUACGAGUUCUACACGUUCGACGAGCACGGCGAGCUGGUCAAGCGGCUGAUGACCAUGCAGGAGAUUCAGAGCAUCGUGGCCAAUGGCGACGGCGAGGGACCGUCCAUCAUCCACCCCGCCCCGCUGGCUGAAAGCAAUCCCGAUAAGAAUGUCCAGGACAUUGUGAACAGCGUGCAGGACGUGCUGAACAAGGAGGUGGCCUCCAGCUCGGCCAAGAACAGCUCCGGGGAGCUGCUUCUCCCCCUUUUGGAUACGCCCGACGUUUCCUCCUCCUGGUCGCUUAUUCUGCCCGCCAUUUUCGGCAACACGGGUGGCGACAUUUUCCCACAGCAACGCCCGCCCCAGAUUGUGAUGACUCCGGAGUCGGAGCUGCUGGAGACAUCCACCCGGGCGGCGCCACCAACCACACGUGCCACGAAGAAACCCAAGCCCGCGAAGCGCAAGCCGGGCACAAAACGCAAGCCCGCAACCACUACCAGCACCACCCAAGUGACACCGCAGGUGGUGCAGGAGGAACUGGAUCCGAUGGAGUCCGUGUACACGGGAAUGCAGCAAUACCAACAGGUGGCCGCCAACAUGCCCGAGUUUGAGCUCCUCCACAUGCAGCCGAUCUACCAAAAGCUGCCGAGCACCACAGGGCGGCCGGAGACCACCACGCGACGCGUAUUCUACAACAACCAGGAGAUCAUUCACACGCCCACCUCCUCGAGCAGCGCCCCCUCGAGCACCGAAAUUGCCUUCAGCCACCAGCUGGCCAAGAAGCCGGCGAGUGUGCAGCGCAAGCCCACUCAACCUCAACGCGUGAAAAAGCCUAACGGUGGGGCUCCGGCCGAAACUACAUCCCAGUCCACUGGGGGAAAGCAGAAGGUCAAGAAGAAGACAACUACCACAACGACAACGACAACAACCACACCGGCCCCCCAAACCCAAACGGAGUCACCCACUCAAGUGACGCAAGAGGAGCCUGCACCAAUAGAAAGCACGACCACAACCACCCAACCACCGGCCCCGACCACUCAGAAAAAGAAGAAACGCAAGCCCACACGAGCCCCAGGUACAGGACCGUCCGGUGGCAACGCAAAACCAUCGAAGCCAAAGCGGAAGCCCACGUCGAAGCCAAAACCAAUGAUCCAGGAAGUGAGUGAAUCAGCCUCCGCUGCGUCUGCACCACAGCCGCAGAUUGUGGAUACUCAGAAGCACCCAAGACCGCAGAGACCCCACAAGAAGCCCAAGCCAACAGCCAGCACUACGACGACAACAAGCACAACAACGCCAGUGCCAGAAGCAACAGCAACAACAACCACACCGGAACCAGUGACCACUCCGCCAGAGGCUCCAAUCACAGAGCCACCAGCAGAGUCCAGUCCAGGCACCACCACUCCAGAACCAGAGCCUCAAACGACACUUCCCUCAACAACUCCAACAACCGAGGCUCCUACAACAACAACCACAGAGGCUCCGAUAACAACAACCACUGCUCCCACUACAACAACCACAGAUCCCACUACAACAACCGCUGCUCCUGCAAAAACCACAGCGAUUCCACCUGCUCUACACCACCAGAAAUUGCAUAACAGGCCCGCCAACCGUCCCACAACGCAACACCACAACCGAAUCCACGCGAAGCCAGUGCACAGCACCACCACUGAAUCGGGUAAGGUGUCAGGGGAGCUACAAGCCGAGAGCUACGGACUGGUUAAUGUGAUUCCCGCCUCGAGCACCAUCCACAAACCAUUCUAUCCGAUGCCCAGCUACGAUGCCGACUCCUCUCAAAACACGACUUCUUUGUUCGCCGAUCCUUCGGCGCUUCACUCGCCUCUGAAAAAGACUCCUUUGCCGUCACUCACCCAGCUGCAGCAGCAGUUGCACCUCGGCUCACCAUCACCAGCUCCCCAGCUCUCACCCGCUCAAAUCCUCUCCAUGGACCAAAUAGUGCAGUCCCUGACCCAGGACCUGUCGACCACUGACAAGGCGGAAGACGACUCCGUCGCAAGUCCAGUGAGUUACGACAGUGCGGAGAGCAAGCUGCAGAUGGAAGCGCUGGCCAACAAGAAAAAGGUAGCCUUCGUUGCCAUCACCACCGCUGCGCCAGCAACGACCACUACUACGGCCAGUUUACCGACCACCUCCUCCAAGCCCACCACAAUUCUGACUAGCAACAAGCCACUCACGUCUCACUACGGCGGAAGCACUUUGGCCACGAUGCUUUCAGAAGAGGGAGAGGACGUCACCGACUCCACAGAAUCCUCUGUGGCCCACCCGCAGCCAGCAGAGACCACGCUCAGCAGCCUCGAGGACGAUGACGUGGAGCAAACGCCCGUGGUUGUCAUCACUGCCAGACCACAGUACUUUACGGUUACGCGGAGGCCGGAACCACUGAAGCCGAUCAAGACCGACCAGAGCCAGGAGGAGCCGGAGACAACCGAGUUACCCGGGCAGACACUGUUCCUAGUGACAACUCCGAUGUCGCCGCUGGAAGAACAGGAAGUCACAACCGAUAAGAUCGAUGCUGAGCCCGAUCACGAGGUUAAGUUUGAGCCUCUCAACGAAAGUGUACCGAACGAACUUCCUCCCACAAGCGGCUAUAACCCACAGAGUUUGGAAAUUGCGGAGGAGGCGGGUGGUGCGGUUGCCACCACAGAGCAGGCACUUCGUCUUCCCGUUUCUGAGAGCAGCACAGUUAAUGACUUUGACAGUACCGAAGUAACCCCCCAGAUCGCCGACCUUGUGCAGCAACUCAACCUAGAGAUGCUUAAGCCCACGGACCAGAUUUCCAUGGCCAACUUCCAGACUCAGGCGGCCACCGUUGCCUCCACCUUAGUGGAUGGCACCAACACGCUCGUCUCGGAUAUCCCCAUAAACUCAAACGAGACCAAGGACGAGCUAGAAUUCCUCAUGUCCGAUGUUAUACAGCAGAUCACUCAAGGCGAUCAGAGCAAGCUCCCGCCAAAGGCCCAAUCGCCAGACGAUUCACACCGCCUGACCAAUUUCGCCCAACUUAACAGCUCAUUCCUUCUCCAACCAAGGCCAGAAAAAACGGAGGAGCCUCAGGAGCCUAAGGAGCCCCAAGAACCGUACAGACCAGAGCCGCAGCUCGAGACAAAGCCACCCACUCCUAGUACGACAACAGCAGCCCCUUUCAAGCCGGACGCUUUCCCAGCAAAUCCCAUACACGUGGAGACGAGCACCCAGCGGAUUCCCAUUUUGUCGCUGUCCCAGAUUUAUGCGCAGCAGCAACAAGACGAGGAUGAGGAGCAGCAAGUUUUUACCAACGAACGCCUCGAGGUGCAGCCAACUCAAGAGCCCGGCAAACAGGAAACAGUCCCCGCCUUAGAGGCGUCUACAGCUACGCCCUUAGUGGGCACCUCCGAGGCUGACGCGGUUGAGGCCGCCACCACCACAGAGUAUCAGCUGACGCAAGAGCCCAACCAGGAGACCACUUCCAGUGAGGAGGGUUCUGGCAGCGAGGAGUCAACGACCAGAUACAGCGACAUCCCCGAAAGCUACACGCACCCCGAAAGUGAAGAGGAAGUGCCCGAGCUGUUGACAAAUGGAUACAACGAGCAGCAGCAGACGGAGACGAGUGCUUUCCAAGAAAAAGUGACAGAGCCCGUGCACGAGCCCGAGCCCGUCCUCACCACGGAAAAGUCUACGCCGGAAGAGCCAGAGACCACCGCCCCGCAGUUCGUGGAGGAAGAGUCGACAUCGGCGAGCAAUGCCUACCAAGACUCUCAGGCAGAAGAGCAAACUUCGACAACGGAUAAGCUUGAAUACCCAGAAGAGCAGCCGCAGUUUUCCCAAAUAGCCGAUGUGAAGGACAGCGCCACGAACGCCGCCCAAUUGCUGCCACAAUACCAGGCACCAGCCAGCGGAGAGCGGGAGGAGUCCGAAGUGCCGGUCACGGAAAUUCCCGGUGAUAUGUCCUUGGCAUCUUCCGAUUCGGACAUGUCUCUGAGUUCCGAGCAGGUGACUGAAAAAAUAGAACUGAGCACGGUUAGGACGCAGCAGUUGGACGACGAGUCAUUGGAGGAAGUUUCAGACGAGCUGACAGCCACCAUUUCGGAGGAACAAGAGGCCGAGGAUGUGGGGGCGGUGACCAGUGCCCAAAAAAUACAGCCGGACGACGAGGAUCCAUACGUAAAGCUGGGUGAAACUACCGCGAGUGUCGUGAGACCGUUGAACCCUAGCGCCGAAAAGGUCGAAGAGGAUAAGAGCGUCACUGAACCCGAAGACGACAACUACAAGGUUACAUUGCCUUUGGCCAGCUACGGAAACCCACCAGUGGAUCAGGCGGAUGAGGAAGACGAGGAGGAUCAAGUGCUUUCCCAGAUGCCUAGCAGUACUACCACAAGGGCAACCACUACUACAAAGCCCACAACGGAAACUCCAACCACGACUACGUCUAGCACAACCAGUGCUCCCUCAACGACCACAAAGCGACUGAACACCUUGAAGCCUGUUUCCUACUACGUUCAGCCCUCCCUGCUGGGUGGCUACAAUCAACUGGACUACCAGCCGCCAAAGGUGCUGCCCUAUAAUGCCAACAAGGCGGACCCAACUCCGACCCACAGCCCAUAUCAAUCUGCGUUGAGCCAGCAGCGACCCUCCCAGCGGCCCCCGCUGCUUACCAAUCUAAUGGCCAGCUCCACGCAGUCGACCCGGCCCCCCGUGAAACUAGAACCCAGUCCGGAGUCCUCCCAGGGGCUGGAGGCCUCCACCGCACCUAUGGACGCGGACCUGCAGUCCUUCGCUCGGCUCUGCAACGAGCUCGCCUUCAGCUACUGGCGCGCCAUUACCUCGGAGAAGAUCAGCUCCGCCAGAAGUCUGGUCCUCUCCCCGUUCGCCCUCACUUCCAUGCUGUCAAUGGUAUUCCUUGGGGCGCGCGGAAGCACGUCCGGGGAGAUGAACGAGAUCCUGAAGCUGGACGACAUGGUCACCUUCAAUCCGCACUUGAUCUUCAAGAACAUUACCAGUUCGGUGGAACAGGCCACGGACAGCGACAUCGCCACUGCGGCUUUCGUGCGCGAGAUCUUCAGUGACCGGGCAAACGGAAAGAUACUGCCCUUCUUCAAGGAGAAGACCCAGCAGCUGUACGCCGGACACGUGGAGGAGGUCAACUUCCACGUGGUCAACGACAUCGUGCGCCGCCGCACCAACCUCCUGGUGAAGCGCCACACGAUGGGCAAGGUUCUGGAGUACCUGCGCACCAACAGCGUGUGGGUGAACGGGCCGCUGGCCACCAUAUCGGCCAACCUCUUCCAGACGGACUGCUCGCACGGCUCCACCGCGGAGCGCGAUGGGGAGAUGUUCUUCCAAGUGCACCCCACCGUGCGCCAGCGACGGCUCGUGCCCAUUCCGGCCGUGCUCUACCGCUCUGGAUUCACGGCGGGCUAUGAGCCGAAGCUGGACGCCACCGUAGUGGCCUUCGGCCGAGUCCAGGACACGGUGAGCACGGUCUACGUGAUGCCCGGCCACCAGAGCUCCAUUUCGCCGAUGGACAACCUGGAGCGCCUGGAGCGGAGCCUGGUGGAGACUGCCUUCGGAGAGUCGCGCGCCUGGAGCCGGCUGCUCACCUCGCUGAUGGACCGGCCUGGCAUGGAGGUGCAACUGCCGCGCUUCUCGCACCGCUCCUUCGUAAACGCCUCGCUGGGCCUGCAGAAGAUGGGGCUGCGGGGCCUCUUCAAGUCGGACUUCGCCGACCUGCGGGGUCUGACGGGCGCCGGGAACCGCGACAUCUUCCUGUCCGACAUGAUCCAGAUCAACACGUUCAGCACCUGCGGCGAGGAGAAGAUAUCCGAGCAUCACCACGUGGAAAUGUACCCUGCACCCCCGCUGCGCAAGCGCAACAAGGACGUGGACGCCACCGAGGACGACGCCUUCGACUCGUCGGAGGCCGUCGUGGACUUCGGCUCGCUGGUGCAGGAGUCUGCCCUUGGGCGGGGAUUCUACGACGACCUGCUGGACCCCAAGUACCUCGAGCUGCCGCUGCCACUCCGUCCGCGGCAGGCUCGCGUGCCAGACGCUCCUCGGCUGCGCUUCGACAAGCCCUUCCUGUAUUUCGUGCGCCACAACCCCACGGGCAUGAUCCUGUUCAUGGGGCGGUUCAACCCGCGCCUGCUGCCGUGAGGCACCGGCUCACAGCACAGACAGCACAGCAACGCAACCGUGGGUCGUUUUCUUGUUAAACCUUGGAAGGUGACUUAGUGAAUUUAUACCGUACUCGUAAUGCUAACUUUAUCCCUAAUGAACGCUGCUUGCUGCGCCUUAAUCCCGCGUCCCCCGUCUGGAUUGGUCCGAUACGAGAUUGAUGCUCAGCAAACGAUUGCAUUUGCCAGUGGCAGCUGCAACUGCAAUUAUUCUCUGUGCGCGCAAAAACGAAAUCAAAUAUCUUAAAUGCUCGAAUGCAGUUUGCGCAAAUUCAUUUUCAACUUUUCUGGCUCGCAUUUAAUUUGCCGCAUACAACCCAAAUGCGGUAUGGUAUAUGAAAAUGCAUUUUUUACUUCGCUCGUUGUUCGCUGAAAAAUCGCUCGAUUCGCAAACAAAUGUUGAAUAAAUACGUAGGCGGCGAAUGCGAACGCAAUCGAAAAUUAAAUGCAAAUGCAAUCAUGGGAUGCGUCAAUGUUUUGGCAACUGAACAAAUGUAAUUUAGUAAAAUAAACUUUACGAAAACGCAAACUAAAAGUUAUGUA